GACACGAGCGGAGCCCCGGCGAGUGAAUGAGCUCCUCCGCUGAUCCGUCCACACACACACGCACCAGGGCGCAGCAGUAACGCGCAUGCGCACUCUCGGCCGCGGCAACGCCCCUCCGUUUAAUUUUGUACAUUUGCUUCGUUUUUUUUCCUUCCCCCUUCCGUCACGACUCCGCAGACCCACCCCCUCCCCCACCCGCCCCGCUCGGAUCCCACCGUCGGCCAGGACACGAGCCACGCAGACCAGGACGCGGCUGUGGAUCGAGGAGGGCCGCUGCCGUCCGGAGGCGUUCGGUCCCUGAGCAUCGCGCGACCGUCAUCGCGAGCAUCGCGAGCAUCACGAGCGUCCUCAGCAUCAGCACCACCACCACCAUCCUUCUCAGCAGCGUCGGCGGGAGCGCGGUGCGCACGGAUUGGGAGAGCGCGCGCAGAGAGCCAGAUCCACGCAGAGCAGUUCCAACCUCCUCACCAACAUGAACUACCUGCGUCGCCGGCUCUCGGACAGUAACUUCAUGUCCAACCUGCCCAACGGCUACAUGAGCGACCUGCAGCGUCCCGACCCCCCGCAGGCGAGCCCGGCUGUGUCCCCGGGACCCCCGGAGAGGCGUCAGACCACCUCGCAGUCCACGAGCUCCGGCUUCUUCUCUUCCAUCUCCAACGCCGUCAAGCAGACGACGGCAGCUGCGGCAGCGACGUUCAACGAGGCGGCGGACAGGGCGAGCGGCCCGGCACGAGCCAAGACCCUGCUGGUCAUCGACGACCAGCUCACAGACUGGGCUAAGUUCUUUAAGGGCAAGAAAGUCCACGGAGAAUUCGACAUCAAAGUGGAGCAGGCCGAAUUCUCCGAGAUCAACCUGGUGGCCCACGCCACGGGCGGCUACAGCGUGGACAUUGACGCGAUGCGCAAUGGGAACAAAGUGACGAAGUGCUUCCGACCCGACUUUGUGCUGGUGCGGCAGCACGCCUUCAGCAUGGCCAAGAACGGCGACUUCCGGAACAUCGUAAUCGGGCUGCAGUACGCCGGGCUGCCCAGCGUCAACUCGCUGCACUCUGUCUACAACUUCUGCGACAAGCCGUGGGUGUUUGCUCAGUUGUCCAGAUUGUACAAGCAGCUCGGACCUGAGGAGUUCCCGCUGAUUGAGCAGAUCUACUACCCGAACCACAGAGAGAUGAUCACGACUCCUGGCUUCCCCGUGGUGGUGAAAAUGGGCCACGCUCACUCCGGGAUGGGCAAGGUGAAGGUGGACAAUCAGUAUGACUUCCAGGACAUCGCCAGCGUGGUGGCACUGACCAAAACCUACGCCACCUCGGAACCCUUCGUCGACGCCAAGUACGACGUCCGCAUCCAGAAGAUUGGCAGCAACUACAAAGCUUACAUGAGGACGUCCAUCUCGGGCAACUGGAAGACCAACACUGGGUCGGCCAUGCUGGAGCAGGUGGCCAUGUCGGACAGGUACCGCAUGUGGGUGGACUCCUGCUCCGAGCUCUUCGGAGGUCUGGACAUGUGCGCCGUUGAGGCUCUGCAUGGUAAAGAUGGGAAAGACUACAUCAUCGAGGUGGUGGGCUGCUCCAUGCCUCUGAUAGGGGACCAGCAGGACGACGAUCGAGCCCUCAUCGCCGACCUCGCCGUCUCCAAGAUGAACCAGGUGGUCCCGCGCACCCCGGUGCCCUCCCCUCUGCGCGCCACAGCCGGCCAGACUGCGCAGCAAGCCGUGUCCCCUCAACCGAUCCACGCGCAGCAGCGGCUGCCCCAGGCCUCCCAGCAGGGACCCCCUGCUCAACAGCGCCCCUCCCCUCAAGGCGGUCCCCAGCAACCCCCCGGUGGCCCCCAGGCCCAACGGCAAGGCCCGCCUUCCCAGCAGCGGCCUCCCCCACAGGGCCUGAGCCAGCCGCCCCCUCAGUCCCAGCCGCACCUGCCCAGCCCGGGAUCCCAGCAGCCCUCUCAGCCGCUGCCGGGCCAGCAGCAGCGACAGGCGGGCCCCGGAGGUCCCGGCCAGCAACGCCCGCCCAGUCAGGGGGCCCAGCAGCAGCAGCAGCAGAGACCCCCAUCAGGGCAGGGGUCCCCCCAGCGUAGCCAGGCUGGAUCUCCUCAGAUGCAGAGGCAGCAGCAGCAGCAGCAGUUGCCGCAGCAGCAGCAGCAGCAGCAACAGCAGCAGCAGCAGCAACCAGCGCCCCCCGGCGGUCCUGGCCCGAAGCCCGCUGGCGGUCAGCCGCAGCAGAGGCUCCCCCAGCAGAGACAAGGGCAACCGGCGAGGCAGCCAGCGCAGGGGGGUCCGCAGCCAGCCCAGCAGCAGAGACAAGGGCCUCAGCAGGGACGGCCCGGUGGCCCCGCCCCCACCACGCAGCAGCCCCGGCCCUCGGCCCAGGGCCAGGGCGGUCCGCUGGGCAUGGGGGGCACCGGCGGCGGGCGUCCACCCCUGCAGCAGAAGCCACAGCCCCCGCAGAAGCCAAGUCAAGAUCACCCGGGGAUGGGCGCCUCGCCCCAGCUCAACAAAUCCCAGUCUCUUACCAAUGCCUUCAACAUUCCAGACACUUCUCCAGCUCCCCGUUCCAGCCUUAGCCAGGAUGAGGUGAAGGCUGAAACCAUCCGCAACCUGCGGAAAUCCUUCGCCAGCCUCUUCUCGGACUGAGCUGCCCCGCACAACCCCGGACAGAUGGACGGACGGACGGACGGACGGACUGACUGACUGACUGACUGACUGACUACCCUCCCCUCCCAACCCAGACCACAGGACCAAUUGGACAAGCCCACUGAAGCCCCACCUCCCCAGAACCACCAGUUAAGAUCCUCUGCGAAGAAGGUACACCUGUCAAAGAAUUCACUGCCUGUACUGUUGUGCGACGACGCCUGCAGGGGGCGGAGCAGCAGGCUCUCCAGGGAGCCAUGCCUGUGUCCGUCUGUAUCUGCUCACUCCCAGGAACCUUCUGCAGAGGAAGCUCGCUCACCCGGCACCCUGCUCUUCAACUUGCAUGUUUGGUUGUGGACUGUUAACAAAAAAGAAGCUCAGCCACAUGGGUGGCUCGAUGUCUCCGCCCUCUUUCUCCUCACUGCCCCGGGUCCUUGCGGCCCUGUAGGCACCGCGUGAUUUCAGGCCACCAGGCGCUGACAGAGGUUCCAGAGGAUUGUGGGAUGGCUGAUAGAUGCCAACUCUGAGCUGCCCUGUAGUUGCCCAUAGUGUCAAAACGUGUCUCGACUUCUAGAAGGAAGUCUGUGAGGCUGAUCUUAUGCAAGCUAACCUUGAUGAUCUCUAAGACUCAUGGGCUUAGUGGACAGACCUCAGUAUUGACUCUACUUGUCCAUCAGCGUUGUGGAAUUCAACACCAACGCUAGUGGAAAUGGCAAUAACACUUAUGAUUCUAGAGUACCACAGUCUGACUUUGAGAUAACUUCAGUAAAUAAUGGUGACAGCCAACAGCCUAUGCUCACGAAGCCACUCGUCCUGCUUCUCGAUUGGCCGCCAGUGCCGUCUCAGGAGAAAGGGGCGGAUACUCGGCCACCCGGCGUGGAGCUUACGAGCUCGUCAUCACAUCUAGGUAGCUGUUGUGAAAACGUCUGUGCUGUUUGUUGUGAAUAUGCCGUUGCCGCCUCCCUGUUUCCCACUCCACGCCCCCACCUAUUCAAAGGGAAAGUCUCUGAAGUUCUAAUACUUAUGUCUCAGGGAUGUCCCUUGGUUGUGACACACUGGAAAGUAGCACUUCCAAUGCGCCGGCUGCUAAGAACAUCCACAGGCCAAAUGGCUGCAGAUCACAUCCCUUGGUAGUCCUUCAGCCAAACUUGCCAUUUCGACGUCUUUAUGCACUUUGCCUCAUAAUUCACAAGCUGAGAGACGAGGGAGUGACGAAGGGGUCCUGCCUUCCACUGAUGUGGACUCAUUGGCGCAGCAAGGCUAGGCAACUUAUGCCAAGCAGCGGCUUGGCCAGCGCCAAGACCCAUUCCAAAGAAUGCUCAAGUUCUUUACUGGAGAAUUGCAUGGGGUAAGCGAUGGCACAUCCAGGUUGGACACAUCACCCCGGCAUAAACGAAAUGUACACAUUAUGUCUAUUUCCUCUUGGAUUUGACACGUUCCAUGGAGCAGUGCAUGGUUUCGUUGCCACACACCCUCAUCUAUCUGCUGCCAUAAGACUGGUGUGCGCAGUAGGUGUGUUCCAAUUUGGGAACCCUGCUGCCAUUCGCCCAUGUAUUAGACCCCAUUCUUCUGCAUCCCCCCUUCCCUUGUGACAAUAGUGCAUAAACGUGUAAACGUUGUACUGUAUACUGUAAACCAAGUGUUGUACAGAUAGUGAGUAAUGGAUGAUGCACAUGUGUGACGCUUCUUUCCUCUGCCUGUGCCCGUUUUCCCGUGUUGAUGAAUGGCCACAGUGUCCUUCUUCCGCAUCUCGCCACCACUUACCUUUACCGGGUAUUUAGCGCUUUACUUUUGAUCGAGUCACGCAGAACGAUAUCCUUUAGUGUUUCCCAACACGCACACGUCCUUCCUCGGAUAUUACAGUUGUUUCUGGCAACAAGUCAUGCUCUGAGCGUCGUCUUAUUGUGGGAUCUGAGUGACUACGGCUUCGAGCAGCUUUUUACUUUAGUUAUGGCAGAAUACAAGUUAUGCACAGAACCAUUCCUGGCACAAGUAACAUGUAAGUACAAUGAGUUAAGACUUGAAUACUUUGCAAUAAGAUGUAUAUCAGGUGAUUUAAAAAAAAAAUGACGAAGGCCAUUAUGAUGAGCAACACUGAACAAUGAGUGUGAAUGCUGUAAAAAACACCUGGUUUCUGCUUGCAUACUGCAGGCUUUGGUGGACGUUCUGUCAAAGACUGUCUUGGUUUUAAAUGAGAAAAAUGAUACUGUAGCACAGAAAUGUUGCAAAUGUGCAAAGCCCCGUAAGCAGCAGGUUUGCGCAGCCCGCCACAUUGUAACCAUAGUCAAGGCAGAAACUCGCAUUUUUUUGUCAAGAGACGAAACGGUCCGGUAAACAUACUCAUUACAAAAAUGAUUCUCACCGAUUCUGACACCCAUGAAUACACACAACGGCACACAAAGCAGAUUGACAUUAGACAAUAUCUACGUAUCUAAUAUGCAUUUAAAAUAUUGAAAUAAGCUUUCAAUAUUUCAUGUUGGUUGUUCUAUUGUUGUUUACAUGGUUUAUUAUUUUUUUUUUCUCACCUUGUUUUCCUGCAUAUAAUGGGUGUGACUUUAUUGUGUAAACAGUUCUGAAUGUAUUUAUUCAUUGUGCAAUGAUAUUUUUUCAGUAAAUUGAUGUUUGUCUGAUGCUUGGCUGUUAUAUAAAACAAAAUGUCUAUAUCUUUGGCAUUAUAGAUAUAUAUAUAUAUAAUGAUAGAAAUUUACUGUAAAUUGUUUUAGUAAAUUAUGCGUAGAGAUGUUUCUGGUGUGAUGGUAAAUGUAGCUUAGUUACUGUGGGGAAAAAACACUAUGCUAUAGAGAUG